UCUUGCCGCUGUGACUGAUUUUCACACACCUAAGUAGGCUAGAUAAACUUUUGUAGACCUGCAUAUCCGUUUAAUCGAAACGAAAGAUUAUCAGACAAUUUAUAGAGUAAAGUGAAGUUUUGAUAUACACUGCAUGAAGCCAGAGCAACACAUUUGUUGUGAAAAAAAUCUGGAUGGAACAUUUAAGUUAAUUUAAAGUUGCUUUAUAGGUAAGUAUUACACUCAAGCGUGCGCAUGCUAUAAUAUGACGAAAUACAUAAAUUAAUGUAAAAACGGAAAUAACUAGUUAUGUUCUUAAAGAACAAUAUGCGUAUAGCUUUGGCUUGUACCACCGAUGCUGAUCUGAAGAAUACAAUCAUCUUAUAGGGAAGAUGUCUGCGAAAUAUGCAUAUCAUCCUGCAGCUUCAUUGGUAGCCAGAGAGUCGAUUCAGAUGGCCUAUACGGACGAUCUUUUAGAGCGAACUCUCGAGGAGUUGGAGCGACUUUCAACUGCGCCAUCACCUCGCGCGCUUCUUGAGGAUGAAGAGUUCGCAAAUCGUAACCUGAACGCGUCAGAUCGCCUUGUACAAGGCCGUUCACCAGGGAGCUAUCGAGGCGUCCCAUCGCAUCCUCAUGCAACCACAUCAUCACAUUUGUACAAGCCCGUGCCGCCGAUUCCAGUGGAAGAUCAUAUGUCACUUUAUUCUAAUGGACGAAUUUACCGUCACCCUGGGUCGGUUAUCCGAGCCACACCGCCCCCUCCGCCAGCGCCAUCUCAACCCGACUACGAUGCAAGGAGUGAUACAAGCAGUAUUUACGAGCCGCUCCGACCGCGUGCACCCAGCCAGCAAAGCACCUACUCUGGUUCGCAUGGGCUGCCAGGAAUGCUAGGUUACGGAUUUGGAGGUUACUCUGGAAGCAGCGCAAGCUCUCAGUAUUCGAGCCAGUCAACAUUACGGGGGUCUGCCUUCAGCGACUACUUUGAGGAAGACUGCGGUAGUGUGGCCGAAGAGCCUUUUGCCAUCGGAUCGUGCGUGGAAUGUCAACAUGAGGUCCUUAAUGACGGCUCGGGAUGCAGUGCCAUGGAUAAGGUUUAUCAUAUCAGCUGUUUCAAGUGCCAUGUAUGCAAAAGGGAACUGCAGGGAAAAGCAUUCUUUGCCGUGCAGGGACAACCCUACUGCGAAGAAGAUUAUUUGGACACUUUAGAGAAAUGUACAGCCUGCCAGAAGCCUAUUUUAGAGCGCAUUUUACGAGCCACUGGUAGGCCGUUUCACCCUGCAUGCUUUUCGUGCCUCGUCUGUGGCAGGGGGCUUGACGGAGUCCCGUUUACGGUUGAUGCCGCGAACAAUAUCUACUGCAUUCCAGACUUCCACAAAAAGUUCGCGCCCAGGUGCUGCGUUUGUAAGGAGCCUAUCAUGCCACAGGGCAAAGGAGAAACCGUACGCAUUGUUGCUCUCGACAGAUCAUUUCAUGUCGCCUGCUACCGCUGCGAAGACUGCGGACUACUUCUCGGGCAAGAUCAUCCCUGUUACCCUCUCGAUGGUCAUGUUCUGUGCCGUGAUUGCAAUGCCAAUCGCGUCCAGGCCCUGACCGCGAAUCCCACAAGUCCCUCUACAACAAGCAUUUCUUCCAUGUCCACCACAGCAGCUGGCAGCAGGGGACGGCCAUCCAGUCAUCAACACUACCAGCAGCCACAGCAAAAAUCAUCACAGAAUCAGCAGCCACAGCAAAGGUCAACACCGCAUCAACAGCCACAGCAAAGGUCACCACAGCAUCAGCAGCCACAGCAAAGGUCACCACAGCACCAGCAGCCACAGCAAAGGUCACCACAGCACCAACAGCCACGGCAAAGCCCAACCGAGGCUCAAGCGAAGCCCAACCGGAAGCCUCAAGCGAAGGCAACUCAUCUAAUUCCUAUGCUUAAGCUAUCUACCCCCCCACCACAGCAUCAGCAGCCACAGCAGCAGCAACUCAAACAACAAGCCCAAGUGCAGCAACAGCAGGACGGACUGACUACAGAGUUAUAA